AUGCAUAUUUUACAGCCAUACUGCAUCAACAGGUGGCUCGAUGUGCCAAAGAGAAAAAGGAAGAACAGCCAGUCUUCAAUGAAGAGUAUGUCUGCUCUUAGCAUCUCUGUUCCAGGGUACAUUCCCAGCUACUUGGAGAAGGAUGAGCCAUGCGUGGUAUGCGGUGACAAAGCAACGGGUUACCACUACCGAUGCAUCACGUGCGAAGGGUGCAAGGGUUUCUUCAGACGAACCAUACAAAAAAACCUACACCCAGCAUACUCGUGUAAAUAUGAAGGCUGCUGCAUCAUUGACAAGAUUACCCGCAACCAGUGCCAGCUUUGUCGCUUCAAAAAGUGCAUCUCUGUUGGCAUGGCCAUGGACUUGGUAUUGGACGAUUCGAAGCGCGUGGCUAAACGGCGUCUCAUCGAGGAGAAUCGAGAGAAAAGAAAAAGGGAGGAGUUGGUACGAACGCUGCAGGUGAGGCCAGAACCAAACACAACAGAGUGGGAGUUAAUCAGGAUUGCAACUGAGGCCCACCGACACACCAACGCCCAGGGAUCUAGCUGGAAACAGAAGCGCAAGUUUCUGUCAGAUGAUAUUGGUCAGGGAAAACUGGUGCCCACAACGGAAGGAGAUAAGGUGGACCUGGAAGCCUUCAGUGAGUUCACCAAGAUCAUGACACCUGCCAUCACGCGUGUGGUGGACUUUGCCAAGAAACUGCCCAUGUUCUCAGAGCUUCCAUGUGAAGACCAGAUCAUCUUGUUGAAAGGCUGCUGCAUGGAAAUCAUGUCACUACGAGCUGCCGUCCGCUACGAUCCGGAGAGUGAGACUCUAACACUAAACGGCGAGAUGGCCGUGAAACGUGAACAGCUGAAAAACGGCGGCCUGGGAGUGGUGUCGGACGCCAUCUUUGAUUUAGGAAAAAGCCUAGCCCAGUUCAAUCUGGAUGACUCAGAGGUGGCACUGAUGCAGGCCGUCCUUCUUAUGAGCUCAGAUCGCUCAGGAUUAACAAGUGUGGAGAAGAUUGAGCAGUGCCAAGAGGCUUACCUGCUGGCGUUUGAGCACUACAUCAACUACCGCAAGCACAACAUUCCUCACUUUUGGCCCAAGCUGUUGAUGAAGGUAACGGACCUACGCAUGAUUGGAGCGUGCCACGCCAGUCGCUUCCUCCACAUGAAGGUGGAGUGUCCCAACGAACUCUUUCCCCCUCUCUUCUUGGAGGUCUUUGAGGACCAAGAUGUGUGA